GUCUGAAACAAACCGAUAAAAGAGAGAUAGAGAGAUAGAUAGACAUUGGCCGGUGGCCUCGUCACAAAUGCAAAAUAUCUAAAAAAGGAUUCGGGAAACCUUUUCUUUUUUGUCUAAAAGAGAAUCCAAAACCUUUCUUUCAUUCCUCAAAAUUCCCAGCACAAGCAAUCCCACAAGAUUCGUCGAUUCAACUAAUCCCAUUUUCUCAGUAAAAGUUUCGUUUUUUUUGAUCUUUUGUUAGAACCGAAAGGGAAACACUUUCAAUCUUCCUUUUCACUUUUUUUUUAGCGUUCUGGGUGUUUCUGUUUGAUGAGGUGCGAGGAGGAGAUUCUUCCUCCUCUGUUUGUGUCUCUGUCAGAUGGAAGACAAUGAUAAGUCUCCUCCUCCCCCUAAGGAUUACUAUAAGAUUCUAGAAGUUGAUUACGACGCAACUGAGGAACUGAUCAGAGUGAAUUACCGGAAGCUUGCUUUGAAGUGGCAUCCUGAUAAGCACAAAGGAGAUAGUGCAGCUUCAGAAAAGUUUAUAGAGAUAAAUGAUGCUUAUAACGUGCUGAUGGAUCCUGCUGCACGUUUUGAAUAUGAUUUAACCGGUAUCUAUGAGAUCCACAAGUAUACUUUACGGGAAUAUCUUGCCAGAUUUAAGGGAAUGAUACUCACUUGCAAUGGGCUCGGUAUCAGCCAAUCCUCAUCACCAUGGACACAUCAAUUGUCUGAGACUAGCAGCAAAACAACAGACUAGCGAGGAUGAUACUGUAUAAACUGAAAACAGAAGUUAGAGGAGAGCUGUAAAACUAUGUCAAGAUUCUCAUACACUUUCUUGUCUCACCGACUUUCUUUAACAGGGUGUGUGUUUGUGGAAUGUACAAAACUGGAGCCAUGGCGCGGAGCUUUGUCAUGAUAUGCUUUAGUUAGAUGUUGUAUUGUUCUGAGCCGAUGUUAGAAUUAGAGAAGCGAUUAUGGUCUCUGGUUUCGGCGGGUCAUACGUUUACACAGUUGUGAUGAUCCAGGUCUUGUAUUACUUACUUACUUUCAUCAUUCAUUGUUUUUCAAACUUGAAAGUGAAUGAUACAAAUUAAUGAA